AAACGAUAAGAAAAGGUCGUGAAGAAACCCAGCCUGAACAAAUCAGGCUUUGGAGUCCUGACCAAAUAAAGAUGGAGCAACAACCGACAUCAGGUUCUUCAAUUCCUAGCGAUCUAAUCUCAGACAUACUCUUACGUUUGCCUGCCAAAUCUGUUGGGAGGUUUCGUUGCGUUUCGAAGCUUUGGUUAUCAAUCACCACCGAUCCAUGUUUCAUCAAGACGUUUGGAACUACACGGCCAAGUCUUCUACUCUGUUCAAUGAAAGGUCAGAAUUUGUUUGUUACCUCUACUCCACAGCAUUUUCAUCAGAGUUCGAUCAGGUCAUACUCUUCUUCUCAGCCUAUUCAUCGUUAUCCUAUGAAACUUCCGGGAGAACAGAGUUACUUCUCUUGUAUGCAUUCUGUCCACGGUCUCAUCUGCAUGGAAGAUUUAAAAUCCAGGAAGCCUUUUGUUUGGAACCCUAGCAUGGAGAAAUUAUUACAGUUACCCAAACCCAAGAUGAGCUCGAGAAAUAUAAACGUGUUUUUUGGAUAUGAUUCAGUAGAAGGUAAACACAAAGUAUUGUGCCUGCCCUAUAGAGAAAUUUGCUACGUCGGCAGAGUUUUUACUUUGGGAUCAGAGCAAGAAUCAUGGAGGACGGUUAGAACAAACUUAAAGCAUAUGUGUUGUGGCUAUGCUUAUGGUCGAUGUAUCAAAGGGGCGAUAUAUUAUCUAGCCUAUAUUCAGCCAGAGAAUAGUAUGGUUGUAAUGAGCUUUGAUGUCAGAUCUGAAAUAUUCCAUAUGAUAGAACUACCCUUGGGAAUUGAUUAUAUUGACUACGAUGUGCUGAUAUCUUAUGAUGGGAGAUUAGCAUGUAUUGGUGGAGAUGAUGAUACAAGAUUGUGGAUUUUGGAGGAUGCAGAUAAACACAACUGGUCGUUUCAAGACUUUCUCUUACCUUUAAUUGAGUGGGAAUUGAAUGUUUGCUGGAAUCAGGAUGUAUCAUUUGAAUAUAAGUGCGACCGUUUCGAACUAAAAGGUUGCACUCAUGCAGGUGAGUUUAUUUAUGUACCUUCCAUUGUUCAUGAAUCGUCUUAUAUUAUAUUCUACGAUCCGGUGAGAAACAGUUGUAGAAGACUCAAAUUUGAAGGAAUCGUGGACGGAGAAUUUGGGAACACUAUGCAUGUCUUCCCGGAUCACAUUGAAAGUCUUAUGUCUUUUUAACAAUUUAUUGUUGCUCUUUUUCUUGGUUUUAUUUUUAAAACUUUUUAUAAAGCAUGAAUUGCACAUGCUAGGAACAUUACAAACUGUGUCUCAGAUAAAAUAGC